AUGGCCGUCACAUUGCCCAUGGACGUUGGCUCCCUAGACAACCAUGUGCAGAACGCUUCUGACCAUCCUUCUCAGAUGUUUGAAGGGUGCAAAGCACCGCGAGCUCCACGGGCGGCAAAGGUUCUUCUCAGCGAAGGGUCUGCCGACGCCGUUUUUCAGGAGUCCAAAUUGAGUGACGACUUCGAGACCAACUCCUCAGAAAAAAGGUGUGGGGCCAAUGACCUGGCGGUGAUCCAAGCCCGCUGGGAUAAGGGACCCCGAGUGAGCUGCUGUCCGGUCUCGCGAGCGGACUGCAACGGCUGCUCCUAUUUCAGCGGGGGCUGCAAGGGCCGCCAAGCAGCCUUUGUGAAGCGGCCGGGCGACUCCGGGCAUUCCGCCUGCUCGGAUAUCGCUGGAUGGAUCAGCGAGGAUGGCAAGACCUGCCAGCAGCUGGCAGCGUCCAGCUGCAGUGAGACCAGGUUCCUGGGCUCGAGCAGCAACGAGGCUUGCUGCAAGUGCGGAGGUGGUAUCCUGACAUCCACUCCCUUCAAGUAUGAAGAUCACGUGUUUACGCUCACUGAAAACGUCAACCUUUGGCCGAAGCCGCGCACGGCAUCCCACUACGGCCUCACAGAAGACUGCGAAUUUGCGCUCUAUGGCCUCACCUUGGUCGGCGGUUCCGGCCAGGUCAAAUACAUUGAUUCGGCGAAGAAGCCUAGUCAGCCUUUCAAGGUGACGUGCAAGGCUCCAGCCGAGUCGUCUCAUUACGGGGAUGAAACGAAAAGGCUACCAUCGCAGUUGACGCGAAGCUGGUAG